AUGGGCAACUGCAUACAAUCUAGGGUUUUUGCAGAAACUCAGAAACAGUUGAUAAAGGUUAUGGGGAUGGAUGGAAAGAUGUUACAAUACUCUCCUCCUCUUGUUGUAAGAGAUCUUCUCAUCGAAAGUGGGUAUCGACAGAAUUUCAUGGUUGUUCACUCAGAGAACGUUGGUGAUGGUCUUUCUUUGGAUUCUCAAUUAGUGGGUGGUGAGUUUUAUUACCUUAUUCAAUCCCAUAUUGGAGCUGAUCACGAUGAUAGUGAUGAAGAUGGAGGGAAAGAGAGAUUAGAUGAUGUGGGUUCUUCUUCUGCAGGAGCAGUGAAAGCAGAAAAUGGUAUCAGGCUCAAAAUAGUGGUCUCUAAGAAACAACUGAAGGUUUUGCUUUCAGAUGGUUUUCUCAAGGAGAGAUUAGUGGAAGAACUUGUGGGGAAGCACCUACCUCUCUUCAAAGGUACCAAGAUAAUUAGUGGAAAAACUUGUGUUGCAGCAAGAGAAUGGAGACCAUGUUUAGAUAGAAUUCCAGAAGUUAAUUGA